AAAAAACAAUUACUUACCAAAAAACACUGCACGCAUGAGCUAUGGCCGGUUUGUUUCUUCGUGUCUCUCAUAGGCUCAAAGCCCACCAUACGUAGAAGCUCAAACAAAUCCAUUUCAUAAACAAUCUUUCAUUGCCUCAUCCUUGUCCAAAAUCCAAAAUGCUCUCAUCAAAGUUCCAAAUUUUUAAGCUUCUCUCUCACACUAGAAAAACCAGGCCUUUCAUCUUCUUAUACCACCCACUAUGCACCAUGCCUGACUCAACCCAACUCACCGAAUCACCCGAGCUUCCAAGUUGGGUCAAAUUCAGCGACACCCAAAACCCAUCAAACCCAGAUUCAGAUGAUGAAUUUGUUAUACCUUCACUUGCUCGUUGGGUUGACAACCACAAGUUUCAUGAUCACAGCCAAGUUGUUAAGCAAAUGCUAAGUGAAAACACUGAGACAGAGGUUGAUAAAAUCAGCAAAAUCCUCAAGAAUUGGUACCCGUCGCCUGAUAAAGCAGCGGAAGCUCUAAAUGGGUCUGGUUUUAUUGCAUCAAACAAUUUAGUUGAACAGCUUUUGAAGAGAUUUAGCAAUGAUUGGGUCCCGGCUUUCGGAGUUUUCACUUGGGCAAAAAUGCAAACAGGUUAUAGGCAUUCUCCUGAGCUUUAUGAUUCCAUGGUUGAUAUCUUAGGAAAGGCGGAGCAGUUCCGUACUGUGUGGGAAUUGGUGGAGGAGAUGAAUGAGUUAGGUGGGUAUGUCACAUUGGUCACAAUGAGUAAGGUUAUGAGGAGGCUUGCAAAGGCUGGUAAAUACAAGGAGGCAAUAGAGGCAUUUAGGAAAAUAGAGAUGUUUGGUGUGAGCAAAGAUACCACAUCAAUGAAUGUACUAAUGGAUGCAUUGGUGAAAGAGGGUAGUGUUGAGGAUGCCCAUGAUGUUUUCUUGACGUUCAAGAAAGUAAUACCUUUGAGUGCUCACACAUUCAAUGUACUGAUACAUGGGUGGUGCAAGGCUAGGAAAUUAGACCAUGCCAAAAAGGCUAUGGAGGAUAUGGAGAAACAUGGGUUUCAGCCUGAUGUGUUCUCCUAUACUUAUUUCAUUGGAGCUUAUUGUCGGGAAAAGGAUUUCCGUAAAGUGGAUAAAAUUCUUGAAGAAAUGAAAGAUAAGGGCUGCCGGCCUAGUGAGGUGACUUAUACUAUUGUAAUGCAUGCUCUAGGGAAGGCAAAAAGGAUUAAUGAAGCUUUGGAGGUUUAUGAGAAGAUGAAGAGGAAUGGUUGUGUUCCUGAUGCAUCAAUUUAUAGCUCUUUGAUAUUCAUUCUUGGUAAGUCCGGUAGGCUUAAAGAUGCACGCGACGUAUUUGAGGACAUGACAAAGCAAGGAGUUAGUCGGGAUGCGUUGACAUAUAAUACUUUGAUCUCUUGUUAUUGCGUGCAUUUGCAAGAAGAGGCGGCGAUGAAGUUGCUUCAGCAAAUGGAAGAGGAUACUUGCAAGCCAAAUCUUAAGACUUAUGGUCCUCUAUUGAGGAUGUGCUGUCAGAAGAAGAGAAUGAAGGUGCUAUACUUCUUGUUAGACCACAUGUUUAGAAAUGACAUCAGUCCAGAAGUCGGGACUUAUUCGCUUUUGGUGCAUGGACUAUGUAAGAACGGGAAACUUGAACACGCUUGCUUGUUCUUUGAAGAGAUGGUGUUGAAGGGAAUGGUUCCAAAGGAUUGCACAUACAAGAUGUUGACGGAAGGACUUGAGGGCAAGAGUAUGACAAAAGCAAAGGAACAUAUUGAGAAGUUGAUGUCACGGUCACAGAACAACGAAGCAAAAGAGCACAUCUACUACAAUGGUAGUUUUUGUCUUUAGAUAAGGAUGAAUUGCUUCAGCUAUUUUACAUUGGGUUCGAUGAGUUUCUAAUAUAUUACCAAUGAAAUCAAAGUGUUAUUUUUAUUUUCUAGGAUGAUGAAUGUGAAUAAUUUUAUCAGUUUUGUCA